AUGGCUCCGGGAUCGUCUACCGGAGCCCAAUCCGGGCCAGAUAGUAAAAAGCGGAAAGCCGAUACUUCAGCUGCAAAUGGCCGCGGCGACAACUUUGCGCAGAGGCGCCAAAUGGUCUACGCAGCACGCAGUAUUCCUGCACAACCUGCUGAGGCUGUAAUAAAGGAUGGGAAUCUCGAUGUUCAGGCCUUUGUGGCAGCUCGUGAAUUCGAAAUCCGCGCUCUGGAGCAAAGUAAGGCAACGUCCAAGGCCGUUAGUAGCAGUCGUGCCUUUCAGAAACCCCCCCGGGGCUUACGCCGUCGCACGGCAAGCCACAACCCCAAGCGGGUACCUCGUCGGCUGAGGAAACGUGCCGUAAAGGAAAUGAAGGAUGACAACACCCCAGUAGUGGAAGCGAGACGGAGAAAGCCCAGGACAACAAGAGCGAGGAUACGAGCUGAGACAGCGCGAAAGUUGGGGAUCUUAGCGACGAGGAAGCGCAAGGCCAGUCUGGCGAAGGCGAAGAAGGAUGGAGAUGUCGAUAUGGAAAAGUCAUUGGCUGUUGUGGGACGGGCACCGAGACCGAAGAUUCGACGAAACGAACUCAACGAACCCCCGAAACCAAAGGCCAAGUUCCGCAAGCGACAACUCAACAAGACCUGGUUACCGACUCACUCAUGGCAUGCGAAAAGGGCAAGGAUGACCGAUCCCUUGGAUCCUCUAUGGCGAUUUGCUAUACCUCUGACGCCGAACGAAAAGAUUCAUCGACCAACCCAUCGAGCACAAGGCGAUAGAGGGGCAGUUAUCUGGGAGACGAGCUACAUGAGCACAAUUGGCUUGUUUGGCAAUCGCGCCGGAGUCGAACGCGUUUUGAAGCGAGUAGGUGUUAUUCAAGAUUCAUGCUGGAAUAACAAGGGAACAAAAUGGAGGCUCGGAAGUAGGUCGUGGACCGGGGUUUUGAGUCGGGCCAUCAACGGAAAACAGCCAAAUCACGAUGAUCGACAAAUUAUUGGACCAUGCACUAUCCUAUGGAAUCCUGAGUCCCUCAUGGUGGAACCAAACCAGGAGCCUAAGAAGGAACAGCGACAGGUGUUCUUCAGGAUACACCCAUCGGCCUUCCUUGAACUCUUUAACGAAUUAUUGUCAUUGACAAAACAGGAAACCCCUCGGCUCUACAUUGAGGACCUUCGGUUUGAAAUCGGCAGUAUCGACCUGUCUGGGCCAGGUUCGACAGAGGCCCUUUUGGCCGUAUUGCACCCUUAUUCCCGGAAAGAUGAGGUCAAGACUACACACGCGGAGAUGUUCAAAGGGCUGGCAGGGCUAACCAAUGCGGCUACCCUACCUGCAGAUACUGUGCUGAGUUUCUCGGUGCAGGAUCCUCGCUUUCAUUACCCCCCAAAACGCCUUGAGGUCCCUGAUGAUAAUGAUACGCAAUUGCGAUUGCUCGAAAAGAUUGCGGCCUGGCCGGCGGAGGAGGGUUUAAAGCCAUAUGCCAUUUUUGAUCGAGACGCUCGCCAUCGCGCGUCUCUCCUUCCAUCACAGAAACAAGUCGACAAACGGAAAAGCAAGAAGGUCCCUGGGACGCUUCUAAAGCCAAUACAAACCGACCCUCCCAUCCCUAUCACUCUCCUCGCCUCACGUGCGGGGACCGGCACUCAAACACAAGGCACAUGGACCUUACUUGCCCCUUGGAAGUGCAUACAGCAUAUCUGGUACUGCCUAGUACAUUAUCCCCUUUCUUCCGGGGGCAAUCCACGCUUUGCUGGUCUAGACGAGAUUCGCCACGUCGCCUUCGAGCGAGGCCAGCCUUGGUUCCCGGGAGAUUUCCCUGGGACUAAGGCCGGUGCUGGUUGGGAGCUUGAACAGCGGCGUAAAAGGAAGGCUGCUUGGGAGAGACGGCCAAAGAGCAAAAGAACAGUCUGGGAAUCUCUCGAUCUGGGUGGAGGGAGGAAAGGUGAGGUGGGAGAUGGCUUCGCUAGCGAUUUUGAAAUGCUAUUCGGUCCUGUGGGUGCAUCAGAAUGUGAAGAGAGCCACGGCCAAGAUGCCAUGGAUGUUGAUAACGAUGAGUCAACGGAGUCAACACAGGCACUGAAGCUACAAAAACAGCAGCGCCUAUACCAACUAUGCCAGAUUCCCAAAGAUUCCUUCACUCAAGCCACCACUUCUCCUACAACAUUUACGGUACCCAGAAACGCUCUUCUAGGCGUCCGCAUCUCUGUCGUCUCUCGAGGCACCAUCACACCCUGCGCUCGCAUCUACCGCCUCCCUUCCCGGCCUGCACCAGCACCACAAUCCACUGAAACCGAGGUGCCGGCCACCAUCCCUCCUGACUCACUAUCACUAUAUUCUCUCCCACAUGAUCUCCGUUCACAAUGGCUUUCUCAAGCACCUUCCUUUACUGGAGGUAAGGACCGGCCAUCAAGAACUUCACGCCCUCACGACUUAGAAUCUUUGAAACGUCAACUUGCUGCUGAACUUAUCGCCAAACCCCCAUUUUGCCCAUCUCCGGCAGCUAACAAAUCUGACAUGAACGGACAUCCCCUUGUUCCAAAUGCCGAGGACCUGAUUGGCUUUGUUACUACUGGAUCCUUUAGUCUUAGUGAAGGGCAUGGCAUGGCUAUUGGCUCUAUUGCCGUUGAAAAGGUUCUGGACGAUAUCAGAAAGAACGCGAGGGAAGGUAGGUAUUGUAUCGUGCGCAAUGCGGGCGAAAGCGUUGGAUGGCUUGCGAGAUGGGAAGCUGUUUGA